AUGGAGGAGCCCCUGGCGUGGGAGACCGACUGCAUGCUUCCUGUGGAGAGGCAGCUCCAUGAAGCCGCCCGGCGGAACAACAUCAGGAGGAUGAAGGAACUGAUGGAGAGGAGAGUCAACGUCAGGGCCAGAAACCACGUAGGCAGGGUGGCCCUGCACUGGGCUGCGGGUGCCGGGCACGAGCCAGCUGUGCGGCUGCUCCUGGAGCACAAGGCUGCUGUGGACAAUGAGGAUGCGGUAUGGGACCCUCAUGCAGGCGCCCCUGUGCCUGUGUGCUUUGGGAUGAAUGCGCUUCUCCUGUCUGCCUGGUUUGGCCACUUACAGAUCCUCCAGAUCCUGGUCAACUCUGGGGCCAAGAUCCACUGUGAGAACAAGGACGGCCUGACCUUACUACACUGUGCAGCCCAAAAAGGCCACGUGCCGGUGCUGGCGUUCAUAAUGGAGGACCUGGAGGACGUGCCCUUGGACCAUGCUGACAAACUGGGAAGGACGGCGUUCCACCGGGCGGCCGAGCACGGGCAGCUGGAUGCUCUGGACUUCCUUGUGGGCUCUGGCUGUGACCACAGUGUGAAAGACAAGGAGGGGAACACGGCCCUUCACCUGGCUGCCAGCCGGGGCCACCUGGCUGUGCUGCAGCGGCUUGUGGACAUCAGGCUGGACCUGGAGGAGCAGAACGCGGAAGGUCUGACCGCCCUGCACGCGGCGGCUGAAGGCGUCCACCCCGACUGUGUACAGCUGCUCCUUGAGGCUGGGAGCUGUGUGAAUGCCCUCACCCAGAAAAAACAGAGCUGUCUCCACUACGCAGUCCUCGGUGGCUCUGAGGACAUGACCCGGACCCUCAUCCACGCAGGAGGCCACACCAACAUGGCUGAUCAUCAGGGCAUCUCUCCUCUGCACCUAGCUGUGAAACACAACUUCCCUGCCUUGGUCCAGCUUCUCCUCGAUGCCGGUAGUGACCUGGAUGCCACAGACAACAGGCAGCAGACACCCCUCCACCUUGCGGCUGAGCACGCCAGGCAGGACAUAGCGGAGAUGCUCCUCAUCGCGGGGGUUAACUUGAACCUGAGAGAUAAGCAAGGGAAAACCGCCCUGGCAGUGGCCGCUCACAGUAACCACGUCAACCUGGUGGACAUGAUCGUAAAGGCUGAUCGCCUCUACACGUGGGAGAAGGAUCACCCCGUGCGCAAGGACCCCAAGGAUCCCUAUGGGAAGAACUUGACCUUUAAACAGGACCAUCGGUUGGGUACUUGGGAAAGGCAGCAAUUCCACUCUGUGCUGUGGCGACUGGCCUCCAGGGACCUGCGGCCUCACGAGUGGAAGAAGUUGGCAUAUUGCUGGGAGUUCACUGAGGUCCACGCCAUCGAGCAGCAGUGGACAGGCACCAAGAGCUACCAGGAACACGGCCACCGGAUGCUACUCAUCUGGCUGCAUGGCGUGGCCACCACCGGUGAGAACCCUGGCAAAGCGCUGUUUGAAGGCCUCGUGGCCAUUGGCAGGAGGAACCUGGCUGAAAGCAUCAGAAAGAAAGCAAAUGCUGACCUGGGGGCCCCCAGCAGGUGCACGGCCAUGUAA